UCAACUUACAGUUGACAUGGAAAGAUACGACUUUGCCACAAUUUAGCUUGAUAACGUGCUACUUAGCUACCUUCAAUUUUACAGAUAUGAUUUCAGUUAAAAAGCCGCUUUAAUCGUCAAAACAUAGUCUGACAUUUUUCCCUCCCGGACAGUAUAACCAGGGAGGCUGAUAUUCACCCCUCAAGUUCCCAGGGAUCCCUCAGCCUGCCCUGAUGAAGGCCGAGCAAGACGGAGACCUCCUGGAAGAGGACUCCCCUCAGGAGAAUGGAGUCCAGACAAACCAGUACAGCUCCAUCUCUCCUCCUGCCUCACCAGUGGCCCAGGAUGUACCCUUCUCUACAUACUUUGAAGAGAAGGUGCCCAUUCCUGAGAAUGUCAACCAGGUGUUCAGUUUCCGUAAACUCUGGGCCUUCACUGGACCUGGGUUUCUGAUGAGUAUUGCUUACCUGGAUCCAGGGAACAUCGAGUCAGACCUGCAGUCUGGAGCUAAAGCUGGCUUUAAGCUCCUAUGGGUGCUCCUUGGAGCAACUAUCAUUGGGCUGCUGUUGCAGAGGUUAGCUGCACGCCUCGGGGUCGUCACUGGGAUGCACUUGGCUGAAGUCUGCAACCGCCAAUAUCCCACAGUUCCUCGGGUCAUCCUUUGGAUGAUGGUGGAGCUGGCGAUUAUUGGCUCAGACAUGCAGGAGGUCAUCGGCUGUGCCAUAGCUCUCAACCUUCUCUCUGUGGGCAGGAUUCCACUGUGGGCAGGAGUCCUCAUCACCAUCACAGACACAUUUGUGUUCCUCUUUCUAGAUAAAUAUGGUCUGAGGAAACUUGAAGCUUUCUUUGGCUUUCUCAUCACUGUAAUGGCUCUGAGCUUUGGUUAUGAGUAUGUGCUGGUAAAACCAGACCAAGGGGAGGUGCUGAAGGGGAUGUUCAUACCUUACUGUGCAGACUGUGGGCCUGUGCAACUGGAGCAGGCAGUGGGAAUAGUAGGCGCUGUCAUCAUGCCCCACAAUAUCUAUCUACACUCAGCGCUGGUCAAGUCUCGGGAUAUUGAUCGCAAAAACAAGAAGGAAGUAAAGGAAGCCAACAAGUACUACUUCAUUGAGUCAACCAUCGCUCUCUUCGUCUCCUUCCUCAUCAACGUGUUUGUCGUAGCGGUCUUCGCUCAGGCCUUCUACAAUAAAACCAACAUGGAAGUGAGUCAAGAGUGCAAUGCAACCGGCAGCCCUCACACAGAUCUCUUCCCUCUCAACAAUGGCACACUGGAGGUGGACAUCUACAAAGGGGGAGUGGUCCUGGGUUGUUUCUUUGGCCCUGCAGCCCUCUACAUCUGGGCGAUAGGGAUCCUGGCAGCUGGGCAGAGUUCCACCAUGACAGGCACUUACUCUGGGCAGUUUGUCAUGGAGGGUUUCCUGAACCUACGGUGGUCACGUUUUGCCCGGGUGCUGCUGACCCGCUCCAUUGCCAUCACGCCUACGCUGCUGGUGGCCAUUUUUCAGGACGUACAGCAUCUGACAGGGAUGAACGACUUCCUCAACGUGCUUCAAAGCAUGCAGCUUCCAUUUGCUUUGAUCCCAAUUCUGACCUUCACCAGUCUGACGUCCAUAAUGAAUGACUUUGCAAACGGAAUGGUGUGGAAAAUUUCUGGAGGCAUCGUCAUCCUGGUGGUUUGUGCAAUCAACAUGUACUUUGUGGUGGUUUAUGUGACGGCGCUGAACAGCGUGCUGCUCUACGUUAUCGCUGCUCUGCUCUCCAUAGCCUAUUUGUGCUUUGUAGGCUACCUGGCAUGGCACUGUUUGGUUGCCUUGGGGGUUUCCUGCCUGGACUUUGGCAGCAGGAUGCAGCUGUCGCGGCACACAGACAUUUACUUACUAACGGACAUGGACACUGAUAAUGUGGAUGAGAGAUAGGACACAUUGUGAACGGAUGAUGAACUGAUGACCGGACAGAGGCGUGGGACCACAGCUUGGCCAGUAUGUGUUCAUCUUCACCUCCCUGUGCCUUUUUAAAGUGUCCUUACAGCACAGUGUGGUACACCCACAGAUGUCUGAUCUAAUGAUGGAUUUUUUUACCCAUCGCAAAUGUUUCAGUAACUUAAGCUAAAAAAUGUUUAUGCAAAUAAAUAAUGGUUAAAUAUGUCUGAAAGAUUUAGUUUCCUUGAGUGUGACACAGUAAAUAACAUCAAGUUUCAGACAAAAUAAUCACACUCUAAGGUCCAAUAUGUCAUGUUUUGCCAACCAGAUGCUACCAUUAGGAAAUUUAGUUUUCCAUUCAGAAAUCACACAGUAAAUGACGUACUAUUCCACAUCACUAGGAUGCCAGAGUUUUGAGUUCAGAGACACAGUUGCCCGUGUUUUCAGUCGUUGCUGCACUAAAGAUGCUGUGGGCCUUCAAUAUGGCCACCAUGCUGUAUAUUUAAUUUAGCCUCUUCAUAGUUUAACUGACAUGAUAUUAAAAAAAUGUGAUUUUGGCCGCUGUCACACAUCCUCGUAGAGUGAGAACAGGAAAAAGUCUAAUGUGAAUGCUGGAUAAUUUAUUCAUAAAAAGGAAAAACCAAAGCUGUGGCAUGAUGUUCACAUGUAAGCUAAACUCUUACAUGAUUUAAAAUAUUCAUCCAGAUGUUAAUAUUAAAUAAAUACAUUGUUAUAAUUAAUAUAUUGAAUAUGAACAUGACACUUGAGAAGUAUAUAAGGCAUGUCUGUGUGAUUAGUCACACUUUUCCCUGUGUUAUGACAGUUUUAUGUCAUUUUAUACACAGUUAUGCAUUUAUUUAAGUUUCUGAGAUUAACCCCUCUCAGAGAUAAAAGUCUGUACAGCCUUUGUAUCUCCAAGUCUUUUGAGGACCGUUCAUAAAUUAUUCUGCUGAUUGUAAUUUUUUUUUCGUUAAAAAAUAUUCAAUUGUUUCUUUUUUUUGUUAUUUUGCUUCAGAUAUAUACAAACAAAACACAGUAAAACCAACAAUACAACAUGAAACGAAACAAGACAAAGCAGAACCUAGUGGCGACCUUUCUUCCCCAUCCCAUACUCAUGGAUCUCCAUAUGAUAUUUACAGGAAAUAAAGAGUGCAAAUUAAUAAAUUAUAGGUACCGUGUAUAGGAUUUAAAAUUCUUUUUCAGUGGUCCUUGGUGGUUGUAUCUAAAAAGACGUGGCAGUCCAUUUAAGCCACAUGAUGUGUUCAGCACAUGCACACAUUCCCAUUUAAUUCAUUUAGGAAUUCAAGGUCAUAAAUUUAGAGUAAAAGUUUAAUAUGAGUGAUUAGAAUUGAAUGCAGUACUUGGAGUCUGAUCUGCUGAAAUCUGUCCCCAGGCAUCUCAUUUAUCAGUUCUUGUACAUAAGAAUAUAAUAAUUUGGUAUCUUCUAUUAUUUCUAUUUAAUUUUCUCCUAAGUUCUCCUUAAUGUCACUGUCAGUUAAAAUUAACUUGUUCAUUUAUGUGUAGUUUAUAUUUUUUAUAAAUGUUACUUUAAGCGGAUGGUUAGUUUGGUAUAUAUGUUAUUAUUUUGUUCAGCUUCAGCUUUUUGGGAGUUAUAAGCAGCAGCAAGCCUUUUUUUAAGCCAAAUUUGUGCACUGGUGUGAUGUGUGCAAAAGUGCAUUAUAUUACAUAAACAUGGGGCAUUUAAUAUCUUAAAGGAAAAUGAAAGGAAAAGUUAGAAAUUGGCACUGUGGUGUCCUCGUGUCCUCCUCAGGUCUGCUCAUGUCAUGACAUAAGAUAGUUUUGGUUCCUCUGCUCCAGUGUACCAGGAGUUUCAUGGUAGUUUGUCAUUGUAGAAAACAUGAACACGUUUGACUGUAUCAAAUUUGGGAGACAAGUGUUAGGUUAGCAACAGAAUGAUAAUAUGACAAAUGCCUCUAACUGUGACAAGCAGAUACUUCUUGUGAAACUCAGAAUUUUUUUUUUUUUUUUACAGAAAAUAAAAAGAGUGCAGAGAUGAUACAAGAGAAGACAGAAAAUGAUAGGAAAUAAUAACUCCAAACAACAAUAGAAUCUGUAAUGCAAAACAUUUUACAGUUAUGAUUGUGCACUGCUGGUUUGACCUGAUAAAUGAACGAUAACCUUUCCUCGACCAAAUACUGAGCUGCACUCUGUGUUAUAUUACAGCUGUGCAGACGACCACAGUGCCUCCUGCAUUCACCACUGUGCCUCAUUUCUAAGAUUUCUAGCACACUAUUCAGUCAAAAACAAUUACAAACCAAUUCAAGAAGCUCACAUUGUUGUAGGUGGAACACAAGUUUGUAAGAAUAUAAGUUGUGUGGUUGAAGUAUAGUGAGGCUGACAGAGAUAUUUUGAAAGUCUAAUAUAUUUUCAGAAGUGUUUUCUUUUGGCCAUUGUGUUCUGUAUUUGCCACCAUCCUUUCUGAAAGACUGAUAUCUUUCUUAGGAAAUGUAUAUGCAUAUUUUUUUCAUUUCUAGAUGCUUAUAUGACUUGUUAUUCCAAGUCUGAAAUGAUGUCAUGCCAAAUACACACCAACUUUUUGUGUGAAAGACCUUUUUAGUAAUAUCACUCACUGCAAAAAAAAAAUAAAUAAAUAAAUAAAAAAACAUCCUUAAAAAAUAAAGCACUUGAUUACAAAUGAAA